AGGAAAAUGGCCCCUGGGAACGAGUCCACAGUGACUGAGUUCCUCCUGGCUGGGCUGACACAGCAGCCAGAGCUCCAGCUGCCCCUCUUCCUCCUCUUCCUGGCCAUCUACCUGCUCACGGCGCUGGGCAACCUGGGCAUGGUCACACUCAUCGGCCUCAGCUUCCACCUGCACACACCCAUGUACUAUUUCCUCUGCAGCCUGUCCCUCAUUGAUCUCUGCCAGUCCACUGUCAUCAUCCCCAAGAUGCUGGUGAGCUUUGUGGCAGACAAGAACAUCACCUCCUACCCUGAGUGCAUGACUCAGCUCUUUUUCUUCCUUGUUUUUGCCAUUGCAGAGUGUUACAUGCUAGCAGCAAUGGCCUAUGACCGCUACGUGGCCAUUUGCCAGCCCCUGCUUUACAAUGUCAUCAUGUCCUACCAGACCCGCUUCUCCCUGAUUUGGGGAGUGUAUGUUAUAGGCCUAGUCUGUGCACUUGCUCACACAGGCUCCAUGUUUAGGGUUCACUUCUGCAAAUUUAAUGUGGUCAACCAUUAUUUCUGUGAUCUUAUUUCUCUCCUAAAACUCUCCAGCUCCAGUACUUAUGUCAAUGAACUGAUGAUUCUAAUCUUUAGUGCAGUUAAUAUUCUUGUCCCCAGCCUGACCAUCCUUGGCUCCUAUGCCUUCAUCCUCUCCAGCAUCCUCCGCAUCAGCUCCAGAGAGGGCAGGGCCAAAGCCUUCAGCACCUGCAGCUCCCACAUCUCAGCUGUUGCUCUUUUCUAUGGCUCUGCAGCCUUCAUGUACCUGCAGCCAUCCUCAGUCAGCUCCAUGGACCAAGGGAAAGUGUCCUCUGUGUUUUACACCAUCAUCGUGCCCAUGCUGAACCCCCUGAUCUACAGUCUGCGGAAUAAGGACGUUAACAUUGCCCUGAAGAGAGUGCUGGCGAGAAGAUCACUCUUUGAGCAGAUGUAG